GAGAGAGAGAGAGAGAGAGAGAGAGAGAGACUCGCAUUAGUCAGUUAAGUGUGAGUGCUUGUGUUCACCUUAACAGCUGGCUGGUGGUGGCAGUAAUGAGUGGGAGUUAUUUCGUCAAUGCUGCUCUCAUAGAGUGAGUAUCGUGGGCUUGGGAUUAGUUGUAUCGAUUGAUGGUUGCUAAUUUUCUCCUUGACUCCUCUCUUUCUGUGUGUGUGUGUGUGUGUGUGUGUGUGUGUGUCAUACAAUGGCAAGGAAUAAUUGAUCACAGCCAUAUCAUAGAAUAUUCUACUGUACAGUGCAUGGUAUCUGUGCUAGGAGACAGCUGUGCACAUACUGGCUGCCAGAGCGGGAGGAAGCAGUAUUGUAGUGAGGCGUAAAGCUGCCAUUACCAUUUAUAUACAAUCUUUCCACUCAUACCGACUCGUUGACCAUUUACUGCACCCUUAAAGAAAAACGCUCAUCUGCAAGAGAUAAGAAUAGCCGAACAAAAUCCUGUGGCCAGUCUCGUGGUCUUGACGCAGGCAUGACGAGAGCCGCUGACCUCCCUGUUAACCUGCUGGCGGUGAUGGCUGUGGCGGCAAUGUGGCCUCAGUGCUUCUCAUUCUCACAAGUAUCUCCGCAAUCAGUGCAUUACAUCAGCAGUUCUGCCAUGGGUGACUUCUUGUUCGGGACAGGCAAGCGUGUGGAAGAACAGGAUUCUUACCUAACUCUCAAUGUAAACAAUAAAAGCGCCUGCCGAGUUGCCUGCUGGACUCACCCAAACUGCGCCUCGGCGGGGUCGACCUCCAACGGGGAUGGGGCGGUGCAGUGCCGCCUGGCAGAAGCGAUCCCGUCCUUCAUAGAAAUAGCUGACGAUCCAAAUGCAACACUUUCUUUUUGGCCAGAGAAGAGUAAGAUUGGUAAGUACGAAAUAAGAGAAGACGGCCUCCUUUAUCUACAAUCAGCCUGGAAAGCGAAACUCACGGAUGUUCAAAAAUGGUGUGGAAAUCUACCCGGGCACCGACUGCCCACCAUCAAGACACCCAGCCACCUGCUUGCCGUCAAAACGUACAUGGAACAAACAGGGCGGAAACCUUGGGUGGACUUGAAACUCAAAGACGGGAUACUGGUGUGGGGAGACGACACGCCCUUUGACAACUCCACAGUGGCCAGCUCUCUGACAGUACUACCGCAUGAUAAUGGUAACCCGAACGCUAUCUACUACUUCAUGAAGAGCACCAGCAGCGUGAAGGCGGACACCAUGGGCUCCUUCCAUCACACGCUGUGCCAAGCCAACCCUCUGGGCGUGGACUGGUAAACUGCGAUUAAGAGACCUCCAGUCUUCAGGUUUAUUUGGUUGAGAAGAAUCUCAAGUCGUGAGUAUGCUUGAAACUUGUGCUCUUUCAAAUGUAUUAGUUUCUUCAAUCAGAGAUUCUACCAGAGUUGUAUUGUAUGAUGUCAAUGAUCAGCAGGUUUGUUAUACACUUUUCAUUGUAAUAUGGUGGAUUACUUAUCGUAGGGAGAACACAUUGGAACUUUCUGGGUGUACCUUAGUGAAUAUCAUAAUGUGACUAUUUUAUCACCAAAAUGUUAGUAGGUAAUGCGAUAUCUAUAAUUAGAACAUUACAGUGUUGUUAUGACAAAGCUAUAGUGUUGUUUGAUUGUUGUAGUCUGAAACAGACAUAAUUAUAUAGCGCUAAUAUUAACAAUAGUGAACCAUUUAUUUAGCUUUCUUGUAGUGUUACAAUUUCAUUUAGUUUUUGUGUUGUUAUUAAAAUUGAACGAGACUACUUAUGUGAUCAUUGGUGGUAUGUGAUGAAGUCCUGAGCAGAUUAAUACAGUUACAGUAUAUGCACAGUAUUCAAAAAUUGAGAAUAAGUGCCUUGAAACCUUUAAUUCUCAUGAAAGAAUCAAGUCAUAGAAAGGUGAAAGUACAGAAGAAUGCAGAGAGUUCCAGAAUUUACUUGGAAAAAGAAGAUGGAUGAUUGAGGAUUCUGAUCAACUCUUGCAUUAGUGAAUAAAAUAUGGGUGGGAGGAAGCGAAAAAAAAAAAAAAACCUUAUGCAUCGAGGCAGCGAGAGGAGAGGAGACAUGCAAUUAGUAGGAUCAGAAGAGAUGAUUAUCCUGCUGUUUUGUUGUCACUGAUGGUGUGUAAGACUAGUUAAACUAUUGGUAGAAUCAUGGACACACUAUUGAAAAGUCAGCAUCUUUUGUUUGAGCCUGUUAAAACUAGUAAAGGUAAGAAUGGAAGUGGGAUAGGAAUAUGAGCUCUGUUUGCCGGCCUUCCCAUGUCUUGUAAGCGAGACCCAGCGGCAAUUGUCUACGAUUAUUUGUUUUUCAGGAACAAUAUUUUUAAAGGUAGUAAUGAUAUUGUUUAAUGAUGUAUCUUAUUUUGUUGAAUCACCAAAUUGAAGAUUAUGAAUUCGUUAGGCAUAUGUAACGAUAAUAAGAUUUGCUGCAUG